AUGAGUAAAGUGGUGUUUGAAUCGGAAUUUCUUCCGAUAACGACCGUCUUAGUUUCAUUAUUUACAAGGGUUUUUUUGGAAGAAAUGUCUGUAAAUGACACCAAACCUACGACCAAGAGGGUCUCGAAUGAUGACCUGUACAGAAGGUCUUCUCAGUACAGAGUGUGGUCGUUCACCUCAGAGGAGCUCCAGAGAAGGCGACAAGACAACAACCUCAACGGAACGAAGGUUGUCAAACAAAGAGUGGAUGACCUUGAAGCGACAACUCCUGAGUUGCAAGAAGUCAAAGAAUCGGGCGUUGAACCUAUCACGGUGGAUGAAGAGGCCAAGAUCGUGGCAUACUAUGCCAGAAAGGCUAGUGAUGUGGCACAUUUCUUCAAGUUACCUACGCAGGCAAGAGCUACAGCCAUUUCUUUCCUAAAGAAGUUUUUCCUGAUGCAUAGUGUUAUGGAGUAUCAUCCGCUCAAUGUGAUGUACAGCUGUAUCUUUUUAGCAGCUAAGAGCGAGAAUAGCUUCAUCGGAAUCAAGACGUUCACCGGUGCUAUGCCCAAGCUGACUCCAGAAUCCAUACUCGAGAACGAAUAUCCAAUAUUAGAAUCUUUACAGUUCACGCUGCUGUGUCAGCAUCCUUUCAGACCGUUAUACGGAUUUUACCUCGAUGUUCAAGCAGUUCUUCCGAAAGCCGACAAAUCAAGACUCGGACAGGGCUAUGAUAGGGCUCGGAAAAUCGUGAACGAAAGCUUGUUUUCGGAUACCUGCUUUUUAUACACUCCCCCUCAGAUUGCUCUGGCAGCACUCUGGGAGGUGGACUCUGUGGUAGUGGAGAGGUAUCUGGCCAGGAAGUUUGGUUACAAAAAGAAGAAGGAUGAUGGCCUUGCCAGCGUUAAAGAGGACCCUAGCGAAGAGCCCACUGACGUGAAAGAAGAGAAUACAGAAGAGGAAACAAAGCUAGACGUGCAAGAAGAAGAAAUCAAGGCAAAAACCCCAGAGCAACAUUACAACUUUAUCAUGACCAUAGUGAAAAAAUGCUCGCAACACAUACACGAGGCCCUAAACCCUUCCUUGGAAGAGGCCAAGAUCAUAUCCACCAAAGUGCAUUUCUGUUUGGAACCUAAGAAGCUUGCAAAGAAACUGGCCAAACAGAGGCUUACCGAUGCGAAGACUCCCGAGGUUUCGGUUUCCCUUGAAGCUGAGUCGUUGAAGAGAGAGCCAGACUCGGAUGUCUCUCUUCGGGAAGAUCUCAAAAGAGCAAAGAUAGACUAG